GCUGAUUGGCCCCGCGCGGGUUCCGGUUCCGGUGGGGCUCGCCGCGCGGAGGAGCGGCGGCGGGGCUAUGGCACUGCGGCGGCAGUGAGGGCCAUGGCGGCCCCGCACGCAGAGAAGCUGGAGGGAGGCGUCCCGGCCCCGCCGCCCCCGCCGGGGCCCCCGCACCCCGCGGGCAGCGCCGCCGCCAGCGGGCCCGGCCGGAAGCAGGGGAAGGCAGGGCUGCAGAUGAAGAGCCCCGAGAAGAAGCGGCGCAAAUCCAACACGCAGGGUCCCGCUUACUCGCACCUCUCGGAGUUCGCCCCGCCGCCCACCCCCAUGGUGGACCACCUGGUGGCUUCCAACCCCUUCGAGGAUGACUUCGGGGCCCCCAAGGUGGGGGCAGCCCCCGCCCCCUUCCUGGGCAGCCCGGUGCCCUUCGGCGGCUUCCGCGUCCAGGGGGGGAUGUCACCACAGGUGCCCCCCGGUUAUGGCGGGGGUCCGCAGCCCCUGCGGAGGCAGCCCCCGCCUUUCGCCCCCGGGCAGAUCGGCCCGGCCUUCAGCAUGCCCCCCCAGAACCCCAACUACGUCCAGCCCGGGGGCAUGAGCUUCCCCGGGCAGCCCUUCAGCCAGCCCCUCGGACAGAACUUCAGCCCCCCCAUGGGGCAGCUGAUGCAGGGGCCCGUCGGGGGCUUCGGGCCCAUGAUCUCCCCCACCAUGGGGCAGCCCCCCCGGGGGGACAUGGGUCCUGGGCCGGCCCUCAACCCUCCCGGCGGGCCGGCAGUGGCUCAGCGCUUCAGCCAGCCCGGCAAUCUCUUUGGACAGUCACCCAUGCAGCGCCCUGGGCAGAGCAUGCCCCCCCUGCCCCCCACCGCCAGCCCCUUCCCCGGGGCUGAUCCCGGCUUCCCCGCCGGCGGCGAGGAGGGGGGCAAGAACCUCAACCCGCCCCCCAGCACCUUCGCCCAGGAGCAGCACUCGGGCUCUCCUGCCGCUGUCAACGGGGCGCAGCCUGGCUUCGCCCCCAACAGCGCCGGCCGUGGCGCCGGCACCCCCGAAACCAACAGCCUCCCGCCGCCCCCCCCCGGGAAGGCGGCCGGCGGGUCCGGUCACCAGCCGCCACCGGGGCUGGUGUACCCCUGCGGGGCCUGCCGCAACGAAGUGAACGACGACCAGGAUGCCAUCUUGUGCGAGGCCUCCUGCCAGAAGUGGUUCCACCGGGAGUGCACGGGGAUGACGGAGAACGCCUACGGGCUGCUCACCACCGAGGCCUCCGCCGUCUGGGCUUGUGACUUCUGCCUGAAGACGAAGGAGAUCCAGUCGGUUUACGUCCGGGAGGGCAUGGGACAACUGGUGGCCGCCAAUGACGGCUGAGCCGCCCUCCCGCCACCGUGUACAGCGUCCCCCACCAAUUUAGGACCAAACCCCCUUUUUUUGUAGCUGUUGCUCCCCCCCCCCCUCGCCAGCCAGAGAGACGGCACCAGGCACUGGCUGCAGCUCCUCGUGCUGCUGGCACCCACCGCAGGCUCCGUGCCAUUGCCAACCCUUUGCUGCAAGGGGGGCUCCGGCUCCGGUGCACCGGCCCUCGGGGGCUGAGGCUUCCCGGUGCCACCCUGCGCCCCCCAGCUCUGCCUGGUGGGGGAGGGGUAGCAAUACCCUUGCUGGGGGGGGGGGGGGGGAAUCUGGUCCCACCGCCAUCUAUAACUCCCCUGGAGGCUGUGCCGUGGUCCCGGUGCCCCCCUCCCCGUGCUCCGGUGCUCCCCGCCUCUUCCUCCCUCCGGUACCCGGGGUGGUCCCGGUGCCCCACCCCCCCCUCCCCACCCCCCCUCAAUUUUAUCCGAUCGUUAAUGGAAACUUUUGUACCGUCGCUAUAAAAUUCUGA